AAAACGUUUUUCUAUCCUAUUGGCAAUACAUCUGCAGUUUGCCUCACACAGAAUCUUUGUCCAUCUGAAAAAGCAGACGUACUGCUUCUUGGGUGCGGUGACCCGAGACAUAUCCUUUACACCGUAUAUACAAACAGCACUGGCUUGCAAGCGUCACGAAAACUGGACUUUACUUGCUGCGACAUCGAGAGUGCAGUCAUCGCCCGUAACGUUAUCUUAUUCACCCUCCUUGCCGACGAAGGCGCUGUGCAGAAAGUACCGCAAAUCUGGAAUAUCUUUUUCCACUUUUUCCUCGACAAAGGCUCCCAUGACCUGCUCAUAUCACAGUGCAGGAGGUUGGUCGAGUUGUCCAGCGAUCUGGAUAGCUGGAACAACGGUCCUUACGGUCAUUUCCUUCGUAUGUGCACCGGAGAUACUCUUGCCGAGUUGCGGCGCCUUUGGCAGCUUUACGUCAAGACGACCACCUGCUCUCCUCGCGAGGCAAAAGCAUUUGAGUCCGCAUAUGCUGCUGACGUCAAGGCUUCCAAGGCGAAAUUCGAAUUCGUGUUUACAGCAAGUCGGGCAGCCGGGCCACUGUCAAUGUAUGCGCUCAAGAUGGCGGGCCAUCAUUACAACAUUUACUGGGAGACAGGCGUAUGCUCUGCCGUCUCUAAGAGACCCUCGGAGGUGUCGCAUCCAAAUCCAACCUUAGCAUACUCCAUGGUCGGCGACAAAUUUGCGGUCCACUAUGGAACAGAUACUCUCUCUUGCUUUCAUUUGGCUGAAGCGCUUGCGCCAGCUGUCGGAAGCUCUCGCCAUCCAGAGCAAGUUACUCUAACGGACGUGGUAAAUGUCUGCAAGACGCAGUUUUCCCGGUGGUGCACUUCAGUUUCCAACGUCUUGAGCAAUCAAAGUCCAUCUUUUCCGAGCCCGCUCAUCAUACGCUGCUUUGUGGGAGACGCUCUGAGCUUGUGUCAAGCUCUUGACUACUCCCGCACCACAAAAUCAACAUCCACACCAUUCCCCGUUGCUCCGUGGAAGAUCCCGUGCAUUACCUUUGAUCCCAAUGCCUACGGAACUAGCACGCAGUCACCCGCGCCGACCAUAUUCAACGUCAUCGAUACUUCUAACCUUCUUGAUUACGUCGGCGUGUUGAAUAUCAUCGCUGUUACUUCUCCCAUUCUUCAGCGAACUCCAUCCGCUACCUUGUACACGGAAGGUCUCGUUUCGGGUAGCUCAGAAGACACGUUGGCCGAACAACUUUGUGGAGAUAUUGCGACUAUGGGUCUUCUCCUCGGCUUGAUUCCUGCGUGCUUCGUAUCGCAGUUCACGAACCGGUCGAACAUGCAUGAGCACAUCGUACGUCUGACGCAAAAUGCAACCCAGAAUUAUGAGCGCCUCGCCUGGAAACUCAUCGGCGGUGCUGAGAAACUCCUAACUGAUCUCGACUGCCCCAUCGACAUCGCUCCGGAGCAGCUUGCAGGCGUUUUCUUCAAUAUCUAUCUCAACAUGUUUUCUCACGAGAACGUGGUACGAAAGUUGGCCAUGGUCAAGCAAUCGCCGGAGUCCAUCAAACUUUCUGGGAUCGUACAUUACCAUCGUCGUUCGUUUGUGGGGAUUUUGGGUGUCGUCAAGAGGAGGGUGAUCACAGACUGGGAUUCGACCAUGAACAUGUUUCAUAGAAAGAUUCAGAAUGACAGAACCCUCAUGAUUGGAAUGAACUUUUACCAAGAUCUCUGCUGCCAGCUGCACCUUCUCGGUGUUUUCGAUGUGGAUUGGGUGUCUCUACAAAAGAUGCAAGAGGUGCAUCGUGUCGAAAGGCCCUUUGUCUUCCGCGAUUGGAAGACGCUUCCGCAAACUCUAUGCGUCGUCCUCGUUGUUCCUCGGGAUUGCCUCCAGCCGCUCUUACCCGAUCUUGACGAGACUGGAACACCUGUGUUGCAGUGCGACCUGAGGGGCGUAGCAACACAGAAUACGUUCUCUGCCAUCAACGCGGUUUUCGGUACCAUUACGACCAGCGGCCAAGGUGAUAGCAAAACUGUAGCCAUUAAAGAAGACACCACUGGACGUUAUGGAACUUCUCCUCUAGUGGUGUGGUUCUGGGUACCGUCCAUUGUGCUGGUGAAUGAGCGCCGUUUAUCCGUCGUGUUAUCUGUUCUCUCCACCCCAGCGACUUGCACACUGGCCACAAAGCGACACGACCUUUCCAUAUUCCGCGCGGACUUGGGAGACGAGCAACUCGUACAUAUUCUGCGACAGCGUCCUAAUGCUGGCCCAGAGAGUCCCGACAUGAAGAAUUUGCAAAUCGGCAGCCGUCCCAUGAAGACGUCUGGUGCAUGCGCAUUCGUCACGUUAGACAAAGAAUGUAAGACACCUCUGUCAUUCACCACUCGGGUAGAUAUCAUCGAACCGGAGAUGAAAGCUUCCCUGACCAGCGGUGCUACUCCUACUGUGAACCAAGUGUCUAUGUAUUCAAUUGCCCUUGUUCUUGGAGACAAGUCUUUGAAAUUCCCUUUCCCGCUUCCUAUCGAUGCCAAGAAAGCCAAGUUUCGCAUUGCACGAAAGUCACUAUACAUCGAAAUCAUCUUACCCCUGAAACUUGUUCUUGGAGAAACCGACUCGGACAUGUUCCCUGUUAUUCCGCACGGAGGCGAUCUUGCUCUCUGGAACAUGCACCGUGUCAACCUCGACCAAUGCAUACCUUUCAGCAUUGCUAAUAAGAAAGCUCUUGGCUGGAUCAACCCUCACGUUUCCCUUAUGAUGUCCGAUCGUGAAAGACGCAUCCCCCGUGCGUUGACUUCAGGGUCAACGCUACUUGAUGUCAAACGCUCGCUUCAUUUUAUCUUUGGGCAGGCAAGCGGUCUCGCAGAAGGCAAACCCCCUCUAGGCUUCGCCUUGCAAGUGACUGAUGAAUCGGAGAUCUUUGUUAUGUUCUACAUCACGGACCUCCGCUUGGACGUCGGCUCGCACACCAUGGUCGCUGAUGCUUGGGUGAUGCCGUCUUCUCCCUCGUUUGAGAAGGUCGAGGCUUUCAGCAAGGUUUUUACUCAUUUGAGACCUAAUAAUAUAAAGAUGGUUGGGAUGGGUGUUGAGGAGAGGAAGGCAUGGAUGCACCUCCUCGUGGCUGCGACGGAGCGCUGCCGUACCUGGGAGCACAAGAUCAACUGCGAGUACCGCAUGGAAGGCGCUAUCCCUCUGGCGUUGGAGCCAGACGAGAGUCCUAUUUGCUCUUGUGGUGCCGGGGUGGCGACAGAAUCAUUUGUGAAGAAAUACCCGAUACUUCAACCGCUUGCGCCGUGUGUGACAAGGGCAGUGAUCAGUCCGCUGUUCGCGUUGUCAUACAUUGAAAAGAUUGGCAAUAUGGAAGAUAUCAUGGCUUCGAAUACUCCACCGACGCCUGCACCGGCAGCAGUGGUGCGUAAUGUGUGCGCUGCUUGUGGAAAGGAAGGAGGUGCUUCUGGGUCGUUGUUGAUUUGCAGCCGGUGCAAGGUUGUGCGGUAUUGUUCACAGAGUUGUCAACGUGAGGACUGGAAGGGGCACAAGAAGAGUUGCGUAGCACCAUCCUCCUAA